CAACAAGCGAAUACGCAGAAUAGACACAGAAAGAGAGAGCGCGAGAGACGGAGAGAGAGAGAGAGCGAGAGACGGAGAGAGAGUAAGCAAGCUCGUGAUGCGCUCUGCUUUCUCGGCUCGGGACUCCCUUUAAAGCAAUAGAGCGAAAAGAAAGACGAGCAACAACAAAACGACGAUGUUAAACAGUAAGCUGGUUUUAAAAUGGCCUGCUCGCUGCUAGCUUUGAGUCACUCUCAGUUGGACCCGAGUACCAAACGGUUCUCUAAACGUUCUGUGCAGAUCGCUGCUGCUGCUGUCGCUGCGACUGCUACAAAAAGGAGUGAAAAUACACACACAAUACAGAAAAAAAAUACGUAUACAUACACAAAACAAAAUUAAAUAAUAUUUAAUAUGUGCUCGUUGCUGGUGGUGCUGCUGCUAGUGAGCCUAGCGGCAAAUAUCAAUGGCAACCCAAACGUACCCGCCACACUAACCACACCGACUGGCGUAUUUGAGACGCGCACAGAUCAUGUGCCCAGCAUUACCACCACUGAAAGUUCAUUGAUUCCGAGUGCGGCUUCGGCAUCAUGGCCCACUGCAUCCUAUGAUGACAUCGACACAUUUGUGCCAUAUCGCAGUGAUUCGCACGAUAAUUUCUCGUGGCAAUUGAUGAAAACGGUACUACUUAGCGAGACGGAACAACAGAAUAAUGUGAUCAUAUCACCAUUUUCCAUUAAAUUGGUGCUGGCACUGCUGUCAGAGGCCGCGGGCGCAAAUACACAGACACAACAAGAGCUGAUAAGCACACAAACGGACAUCAGGUCGGCGAAUAAUGUGCGUGAAUUCUAUCGCAAGACGCUCAACUCGUUCAAGAAGGAGAAUCAACUCCAUAACACGUUGAGUGUGCGCACAAAACUCUUCACCGACAGUUUCAUUGAGACGCAGCAAAAAUUUACGUCGACACUGAAACACUUCUACGAUAGCGAAAUUGAAGCACUUGAUUUUGCCGAUUCACCCGCUGCUGCCUAUGCCAUCAAUGAGUGGGCGAACAAUGUGACCGAUGGGCGUUUAAAAAAUUUGGUCACACCCGAGACGGUGCAGAAUAGCGUUAUGCUGCUCACGAAUCUCAUCUAUUUUAAGGGUCUGUGGCGCCGUCAGUUCUUCAGCACAUACGAGGGCCCCUUCUUCACCACCAGAGAUGCACAGACACGCGUCCAGUAUAUGGAGCAAACGGAAUUCUUCUACUACCACAACUCCGACAAGCUAAAGUCACAAAUAUUGCGGCUGCCCUACAAGGGCAAGAACUCACUAUUUGUCCUGUUGCCCCAUGAAAUGGACGGCAUUUAUGAGCUGCUGCAGGCGCUGGAGAACGUUGAUGUGAAGAGUGCCCAGUGGGCCAUGCAGGAGGUGAAGGUGAAGGUGACACUGCCCAAAUUUAAAUUCGACUACAAGCGCAACUUUAAGCAAACCCUUCAGGAUUUGGGCGUACGCGAAAUAUUCGAGGAUACCGCCUCGCUGCCGGGUCUCUCACGGGGUGCCGAUGUUGCCGGCAAGGUGAAGGUAUCGAAUAUAUUGCAAAAGGCCGGCAUCGAUGUGAAUGAGCAGGGAACGGAAGCGUAUGCAGCCACCGUCGUUGAGAUUAUCAAUAAAUUCGGAGGCCCGACAAAGAUCGAGGAGUUCAAUGUGAAUCGACCAUUUGUGUUCUUCAUCGAGGAGGAGGCCACCGGCAACAUUCUGUUUGCCGGCAAGGUUCAUCAGCCUUCCUAAGGACGCUCAACGAGCUCAACACGGGCGCGCUUGAUAUGAUUAUUUGAUUAUAGAGUUACAUUGACAAUAAACAAAAACUAUCCUAUAUAUGAGAUUAUAA